AUGGGGCUGGGAUGGGGAGAAAAUGGCGGUGAUGUGAAGAUUGAUGGCUUCGUCGAAAGGUCUUGUCAUGGAUACAGGGGAAGGGAUGAGGCCAUCACCGAGAUUGCAAUCGGAGAGCCCGGUGAAGCCAGCCACCCCGCCGCGCUCAGGGCCUCCCUCGCUGAGUUCAUCUCCACCCUCAUCUUCAUCUUCGCCGGCCAAGGAUCCACAUUGGCCUUCGUUAAGAUUGCAGAUGGCAGCCCAAUGACUCCCUCUGGCCUAGUAGCAUCGGCCUUGGCGCACGCAUUCGCGUUGUUUGUCGCGGUCUCUGUCGGGGCUAACAUAUCAGGAGGCCACGUCAAUCCUGCAGUGACGUUCGGCGCAUUCAUCUGUGGUAAUAUAACGUUGUUGCGCGCGAUAAUGUACUGGAUCGCGCAGUUGCUGGGAGGAUCGGUGGUCGCCUGCCUCCUUCUCAAGUCUGCAACCGGCGGGAUGGAGAUCGAAGCAUUGUCGCUUGCAACGGAUCUCAGCAACAAGAACGGUCUCGUGUUCGAGAUGGUCAUGACCUUCGGCCUCGUCUAUACCGUUUAUGCCACCGCUGUCGACCCGAAGAAGGGGAACCUUGGAGUAAUCGCCCCAAUGGCAAUCGGUUUCAUUGUUGGAGCCAACAUUUUGGUGGGCGGAGCUUUCAGUGGGGCGUCCAUGAAUCCGGCGGUGGCAUUUGGGCCUGCGGUGGUGAGCUGGGACUGGACAGACCAUUGGAUUUUCUGGGCUGGCCCCAUGCUCGGCGCUGCUCUGGUAUAUGAUACGUUCUUCAUUAGCAAUGAAGGACGAGACCGCCUUCCGUAGAUCAGAUGAGUUUAGAUUUUCAUCUCAGUGUUUGCAAUGGAUAUAGAGGUAGCAGGGGAGAAUAAUGUAGGCAUGGCAUCUUAAAUGUAUUAGUUUUCAACCAUUUUUUUUUAAAUGUUCUUCUUUCAGACA